AUGGCUGCGAACAUCUCGAAUACGUUCCACGUACGUACUAUCGUGGCUCGUCGAAAAGAACUCGAGUACGCAUUCGCUAGAUGCACUCAAAACAAAAGUGGCCACAUGGGUGUACAGGCGCUAUCGAUGGUGGUAGACAUUGGUGCAAAAGAACCAGCACUUGCCCCUCCAGUCUUGUCGUCAUCCAAACGUGUUUCCUUACUGCGGAAAGAUGAUGCUAUUGCAUCGCGGAGAAAUACGUCUUUGGAGUUGCGGUAUGACACGCACUUUGACUCUGGCUGA